GACCUGUACCAGAAAAUGCUAGUUACUGAUUUGGAAUACGCUUUAGACAAGAAAGUAGAACAGGAUCUCUGGAAUCAUGCCUUUAAGAAUCAGAUCACAACACUACAAGGCCAGGCAAAGAAUCGAGCAAACCCGAAUCGGAGUGAAGUUCAGGCAAACCUAUCUCUGUUCCUAGAGGCAGCUAGUGGCUUCUAUACUCAGUUAUUACAAGAACUGUGUACGGUGUUUAAUGUAGAUUUACCAUGCCGUGUGAAGUCUUCCCAAUUGGGAAUUAUCAGCAAUAAACAGACGCAUACCAGCGCCAUAGUGAAGCCACAGUCUAGCUCCUGUUCCUAUAUCUGCCAGCACUGCCUCGUCCACCUUGGAGACAUUGCUCGAUACAGAAACCAGACCAGCCAGGCAGAGUCCUACUAUAGGCAUGCAGCUCAGCUUGUCCCCUCUAAUGGUCAGCCUUACAAUCAGUUGGCUAUCUUAGCUUCUUCCAAAGGAGACCAUCUGACCACAAUUUUCUACUACUGCAGAAGCAUCGCUGUGAAGUUCCCGUUCCCAGCUGCCUCCACUAAUCUACAAAAAGCACUUUCUAAAGCACUGGAAAGCCGGGAUGAGGUGAAAACCAAAUGGAGUGUUUCUGACUUCAUCAAGGCCUUUAUUAAAUUCCACGGUCAUGUGUACCUGAGUAAGAGCUUGGAAAAGUUGAGCCCACUUCGAGAGAAAUUGGAAGAACAGUUUAAGAGGCUGCUGUUCCAAAAAGCUUUCAACUCUCAGCAGUUAGUUCACGUCACUGUCAUCAACCUGUUUCAACUUCAUCACCUUCGUGACUUUAGCAAUGAAACAGAGCAGCAUAGUUAUAGCCAAGAUGAGCAGCUGUGUUGGACACAGUUGCUGGCCCUCUUUAUGUCUUUUCUUGGCAUCCUGUGCAAGUGUCCUCUCCAGAACAAGUCUCAGGAGGAGUCCUACAAUGCCUAUCCCCUUCCUGCAGUCAAGGUCUCCAUGGACUGGCUGAGACUCAGACCCAGGGUCUUUCAGGAGGCAGUGGUAGAUGAAAGACAGUACAUUUGGCCCUGGCUAAUUUCUCUUCUAAAUAGUUUCCAUCCCCAUGAAGAGGAUCUUUCAAGUACUAAUGCUACACCACUUCCAGAGGAGUUUGAGUUACAAGGAUUCUUGGCUUUGAGACCUUCUUUCAGGAACUUGGAUUUCUCCAAAGGCCACCAGGGUAUUACAGGAGACAAAGAAGGUCAGCAACGACAAAUACGACAGCAGCGCUUGAUCUCUAUAGGCAAAUGGAUUGCUGAUAAUCAGCCAAGGCUGAUUCAGUGUGAAAAUGAGGUAGGGAAAUUGUUGUUUAUCACAGAAAUUCCUGAGUUAAUACUGGAAGACCCCAGUGAAGCCAAAGAGAACCUCAUUCUGCAAGAAACAUCCAUGAUAGAGUCACUGGCUGCGGACGGGAACCCAGGACUGAAAUCAGUGCUGUCCACGGGCCGUAAUCUAAGCAACAACUGUGACACAGGAGAGAAACCAAUGGUCACCUUCAAAGAGAACAUUAAGCCGCGCGAAGUGAACAGAGACCAAGGAAGAAGUUUUCCUCCCAAAGAGGUGAAAUCCCAGACAGAACUAAGAAAGACUCCAGUGUCUGAAGCCAGGAAAACACCUGUAACUCAAACCCCAAGUCAAGCAAGUAACUCCCAGUUCAUCCCCAUUCAUCACCCUGGAGCCUUCCCUCCUCUUCCUAGCCGGCCAGGGUUCCCGCCCCCAACAUAUGUUAUUCCCCCUCCUGUGGCAUUUUCUAUGGGCUCAGGUUACACCUUCCCAGCUGGUGUUUCUGUCCCAGGAACCUUUCUUCAGCCUACAGCUCACUCUCCAGCAGGAAACCAGGUGCAAGCUGGGAAACAGUCCCACAUUCCUUACAGCCAGCAACGGCCCUCUGGACCAGGGCCAAUGAACCAGGGACCUCAACAGCCACAGCCACCUUCCCAGCAACCCCUUACAUCUUUACCAGCUCAGCCGACAGCACAGUCCACAAGCCAGUUGCAGGUUCAAGCUCUAGCUCAGCAGCAAUCCCCCACAAAAGCCGUGCCGGCUUUGGGGAAAAGCCCUCCUCACCACUCUGGGUUCCAGCAGUAUCAACAGGCAGAUGCCUCCAAACAGCUGUGGAAUCCCCCUCAGGUUCAAGGCCCAUUAGGGAAAAUCAUGCCUGUGAAACAGUCCUACUACCUUCAGCCCCAAGACCCCAUAAAACUGUUUGAGCCGUCAUUGCAACCUCCUGUAAUGCAGCAGCAGCCUCUAGAGAAAAAAAUGAAGCCUUUUCCCAUGGAGCCAUAUAACCAUAAUCCCUCAGAAGUCAAGGUCCCAGAGUUCUACUGGGAUUCUUCCUACAGCAUGGCUGAUAACAGAGCUGUCAUGGCCCAGCAAGCAAGUGUGGACCGCAGAGGCAAACGGUCACCAGGAGUCUUCCGUCCAGAGCAGGAUCCUGUGCCCAGGAUGCCAUUUGAGGACCCCAAGGGCUCCCCUCUGCUUCCUCCGGACCUGUUAAAGAGUCUGGCUGCCUUGGAGGAAGAGGAAGAGCUGAUUUUUUCUAACCCUCCUGAUCUUUACCCAGCUCUGCUGGGCCCUCUCGCCUCUCUUCCUGGACGGAGCCUCUUUAAAUCCUUGUUGGAGAAGCCCUCGGAGCUCAUGUCACACUCAUCCUCUUUCUUGUCCCUCACUGGAUUCUCUCUCAAUCAGGAAAGAUACCCAAAUAACAGUAUGUUCAAUGAGGUAUAUGGGAAAAACCUGACAACCAGCUCCAAAACAGAACUUAAUCCUUCGCUGGCUCCCCAGGAGACAUCACUGUACUCCCUCUUUGAAGGGACCCCGUGGUCUCCAUCACUUCCUGCCAGUUCAGAUCAUUCAACACCAGCCAGCCAGUCUCCCCAUUCCUCUAACCCAAGCAGCCUGCCGAGCUCCCCUCCAACACAUAACCAUAAUUCUGUUCCAUUCUCCAACUUUGGACCUAUUGGGACUCCAGAUAACAGGGAUAGGAGAACUGCAGAUCGGUGGAAAACUGAUAAGCCAGCCAUGGGUGGGUUCGGCAUUGAUUAUCUCUCAGCAACAUCAGCCUCUGAGAGCAGUUGGCAUCAGGCCAGCACUCCAAGUGGCACCUGGACAGGCCACGGCCCCUCCAUGGAGGAUUCCUCUGCUGUCCUCAUGGAAAGCCUAAAGAAGCAACAGCAUGGGGUCCAGCAGUUGGGGCCCAAAAGACAGUCCAAGGAGGAAGGAAGCAGCGGCGUCUGUGUGCGUGCACCGCAGGCCAGGCCCCGGCCCAGCUGCGUCCCCCGACCUCCACUGUCAGAGUGAAAUUCAAGGCAACAUGGACACAUGUGCACCAUGCACAGAAGAAAACACAACGAAGUCCAUUCUGGAAAAGGCGAAAGAAAGGAAAAUAAACUUUUAUUUGGUAUUUAUUAGAAGGAAAGAGGACUGAACAUUUUCUUGUGUAGAAACAGAAGGACAGCAUUUCUGUUAGUUCCUGGAAGAGUAAUAUUUUAAGGGGAAAUUAUGGAAACAAUCUAAAUGUCCAAUUGCUGUGCUAGUGGUAGGGUCUGUUUCUGGGAGGUCUCUCGUGUGUGUGUGUGUGUGUGUGUGUGUGUGUGUGUG